UCAUACUGUAAACAUCCAAUUGGAAAUGUAAAUAAAUAAGUAACCAUAAAUUUCAUAACUAAAUAAUAGAAAGCAUGCUGCGUUUGGGGAGUCAACUGUGCCGGCAGGUGGCCUAUAAUAUGCAGACUGCAUCCCGAUACACCGGUACCGCGAACAAACCGAACUUAAUCGCCAGGAAGAUGACACAACAGCGGGCGCCGGUGAAUUGGACCACCAGCAUUCCCAAUCAGGCGGCCAAGGACAAGGAGAAGAUUGCUCCAUUGGGAUGGUUCCUCCUGCUUAUUCCGGCCACCACAUUUGGCUUGGGCUGCUGGCAAGUGAAGCGCAAGAUUUGGAAGGAGCAGUUGAUCAAGGAUCUGAACAAACAGCUGAGCACGGCGCCUGUGGCUCUGCCAGAUGAUCUCAGUGACCUAACCCAAAUGGAGUACCGGCUGGUCAAGAUCCGUGGACGUUUCCUUCAUGACAAGGAGAUGCGCAUGGGUCCGAGAUCGCUCAUACGUCCCGAUGGCGUGGAAACCCAAGGCGGACUCUUCUCGCAGCGGGACUCGGGCAAUGGCUAUCUAAUAGUAACCCCUUUUCAGCUCGCAGAUAGAGACGACAUAGUGCUCGUCAAUCGAGGAUGGGUGUCCCGCAAGCAAGUGGAUCCGGAAAACCGUGCAUUGGGCCAACAGCAGGCGGAAGUGGAGCUCACGGCCGUGGUGCGCAAAGGAGAGGCACGUCCGCAGUUCACACCUGACCACAAGGGCAAUGUCUACCUCUAUCGCGAUCUGGUACGCAUGUGCGCCGCCACAGGAGCGGCUCCUGUCUUCCUGGAUGCCGUAUACGACGCCCAAACGGCUACACAUGGUCCCAUCGGUGGCCAGACACGCGUUACGCUGCGCAACGAUCACCUGUCGUACCUGGUGACCUGGUUCAGCCUAUCGGCGGCCACCUCCUUUUUGUGGUACCGCCAAAUAGUCAAGAGGAUACCCUUUUGAGAGGAACAUUAGUUAAACGCACUGUUGUUAUUUUUAUUAUAAAAUUUACAUGUUCUCGUGUAAA